ACUCACAAAUGGCAGCCGGAACAAUGGCGGACAGAGACGAUAACGCGUUCCGCCAGGCACUUCACAGUGAUCGUACAGAAAUGCUCAGGGUCGUUGAACAGAUGAUUGGCUACUCGACCGGGUGCUCGGCUGAUACUGUGUUAUGCUCGCGUGCUUGCCAGGAGAUUUGUGAUGCACUGAAAGACGUCCGUCCUCUUUUCUUGGUUCUCAAGCACACUAACUUCACAGUAGCACAAAGCAACAGCUUGGUGGACUCUCUUUCAGAGAUGGCUAGCUCGUUGGCCGACGUGACUGUCUGCGUGGAUCUGUGCCGUGAUAGGUUAUGGAAGCUUCACUUGAUUCAGCACUCUGAUUCCUUCACGUCACGGCUUCAAGACGCAACGAAGAAAACUGGAGAGGCAUUAUAUGAAUUUGUCACUACGAGGAUCAAGAUGGAGCCCGAGUUUCCGGUGCACUUAUUUUCGGACGUUCUUACUGCAGCAUCAAAAGCAGCUACGAAUCUAAAGAACGUUAAUGUUACCCUCGAUUCGGAAGAUGCUCGUCUGAAAGAAAUGGUGGAUACUCGAUGUGAAGAAGUCGUCAAUGGUGCAUCAGAUCAUGCGUUGGACAUUAUUCUGCGAGGACGCCAUGGUUACUGGAGAAGUAUACAAAGCAUGAGCCAGCUCUCCCUUAAUGGUGCAAGCAAUGUUCAGCACACAUCAACUCGCGGUCGUGAAGGGACAUCUUCUGGCAGGCUGACAAACGACAGAGAGAUGCGCCUGGAGGCAACACGGACAAUGCUCGAAUCUAUACGGACGACACAAGAUAACAGCAACAGCUUUGCUCCAUCCGUUCUCAGCCCUCGCUCGUUUGCAGAAGUAGCAUCGCCUACUGGAACUGCUGAACCUAGCGCAUUGCCAGAGACAUCUGAUUCCGCCAACAAUAGCUCCAAGGCCCUGGACGAUCCUUCAGCUGAAACGUUGGGGAAAAACACCGUUAGUUAUGGCACACCAGAUCGGCCUUUUGGCACAAGAAGGUAAGAACUAAUCAUUUUGUUUUACCCGAUUCAUGCUGACAAGCGGCUAUUGAUGUUUCUGUAGGAGAAGGUCGAGCAUGAACGAUGAACCUCCGCCCGAAUUCCUCUGUCCUAUCACCUGCGAGCUGAUGGCUGAUCCAGUCAUGGUUGUCACUGGACAAACUUAUGAGAGGAGCUCCAUCAGACAGUGGAUAAGUGAAGGCCAUCGCACAUGCCCUAUUACUAGGAUGCCUCUUGGGAACAUUGAGUUGGUGCCUAACUAUGCAUUGCGAAACGCCAUUCGAGCUUGGGCACAAAGGCGCGGCAUUGAGCUGAAGGAGCCUGAAUUCUUCCCGCCUCCUCGUUUAAGCGGCGCUCAAUAUAAGACUGCUAAUAAUGCCUCGGCGCCAUCCCAGAUUCCGACGUGGGACAAUGCUUUGCCAGAUAGGAGGAGCCCCCCCAUGCUGGCAGUUGUGCAGCUGUUUGUUGGUUCACCUGCUGACAAGGACGCAGCUGUGGCUCAGCUCGCAACAACCGCAAGUGAAGAUGGGGAAAAUGGGAGGGUUUCGGUUGUACAGGCUGGUGCAAUUCCGCCCCUCAUCAUGGCUCUGCUUGAAGGUUCUGAUUUUGCGAAAGAGACGGCAGCGAGAUGUAUCCGCUUCCUUUCCAGGAGCAACAAUCCGAUAAUUACACAGGGUUGUGCAGCAGCUAUCCCAGCUCUAGUCCGCCUGCUCUCCGUGGGGUCUCAAGCUGCAAAGGAGGCUGCAUGUGGUGCUCUCGUCAACCUCUCAGCUAAGACUGAUGUCAACAAGUUCCAGAUUGCAGUUGCUGGAGGAAUACCUCCGCUAGUCUUGCUCCUUGACUUCAACCAGCCUAACGCCUCAAGAACCUCAUAUGAGUGCGCAUCAGCAGCACUUUGCAAUCUUGCAUUUGACAAUGAAAACAGGCUGAAGAUUGCUGCAGCCGGUGCAAUUCCUCUUCUUGUCCAGGUUGCUGCAAGGUCCCCAACUCCAGAAGCUGGAGAAUAUGCCACUCACGCCCUUGGAAGUUUGGCGUGUGAAAUUAAUGAAAACGGGGAGACGAUUGUUCAGGCUGGAGCUGUGCCAGUGCUGCUUGCAGCACUUCAGAACGGUUCCCCUUGGUGCAAAGAAGCAGCUGCAAGGACCCUUCGUAACUUAUCGUUCUUUGAGAACCUGCGAGAACCAUUGCUUACAGCCGGCGCGAUCGAUGUUCUGACCCGAGUGACAGAGUCAGGAACAGCCAGAGCUGCAGAGUCUGCCAGAGCUGCACUGAACCAUCUGAGUAGAACGACAAGGUCCACCCAAUCUUCCAGUGGAACACAGGAGCCUCGCCAAGCAGCCACUGGAACAACAAGGACAGCAGUACCUCCGGUUACAUCUGGCGCGGUCACAACAAACCCAGCCAAUGCCACCAAUCGAUUCCAAGUUGCACCACGUCGAGUUGAAUCAAGUCGCCUAUUUGGCAGAUCAAAUGCUGCAAGAGUGCACCCGGAACCUUCCAGUGAGGGCUCUGAUGCAUCUGGGCAAGGUGGCAGCAGUUCUAGAGGGGCAACCCGGGUGUUGACGCGGCCCACUGCUAGCAGAGACAGUUCUCGGUCCCGAAGUUGAAAUUUUCUAGCUACUCCAAAGAACAGUUGAGGGAUUUUUGCCCAAGGGUGGUGUGUUUUUGCUGCUGUCUGUACUGUUUGCUUAGGUUGGCAUGGCAUCUGUAGUCUUCCAUUCUUCCGUGCUUGCCCUCGUUCUCUAACCGUAAUCACCUGUAUAUAACACCCCCCGAAAUAGUCACUCCAUGGGUGGCUCAUGCAGGGGAUAGCUUAUGAUAUGGUACAUUUCUAGAGUACCCACUUUUUUGGGUUUGCAUGUUACAUAACACCCUGUUCUAAAAACUUGCCUUUAAACAGUAU